AGUACACGCCGCUGCCCUUCCAUUCCAUUCCAUUCCAGACCCGUCGAGAGACCGCGCGGACUGUGUAGCGUGUCGCGGGAGAGAAGCCCAAAGCUUUGGCGGAGCCAUGGCGGAGGAAACCGGAGCGACGGCGGCUUCAGGGUCGGCAGCGGGCAAGAUGACGAUGGUGGUCGGGGUGGACGAGAGCGAGCACAGCUACUACGCGCUGCAGUGGACGCUCCUCCACUUCUUCUCCCCGGGCCAGCAGCAGCAGUACCGCCUCGUCGUCGUCACAGCCAAGCCCACCGCCGCGUCCGCCGUCGGCCUCGCCGGACCAGGUGCCGCAGAGGUGCUGCCGUUCGUUGAGGCGGACCUGAAGCGGAGCUCGCUGCGCGUCAUCGACAAGGCCAAGGAGCUCUGCGCGCAGGUGAGCGAUGCUGUCUUUGAAGUGGUGGAAGGGGAUGCGAGGAACGUCCUCUGCGAGGCGGUCGAAAGGCAUCACGCAGAGAUGUUGGUUGUGGGCAACCAUGGCUAUGGAGCAAUCAAAAGGGCUGUUCUUGGAAGUGUGAGCGAUUACUGCACCCACCACGCGCACUGUACUGUGAUGAUUGUGAAGAAACCAAAGCACAAGCACUGAGCAACGCCCAGCUCAGUGAUUAGUAUUUGAGCUUUCGUGUGUAUAGCCAAUGUGUGCAUGUUUGUGAAUAAAUGGAUCGCGGAUGUCACAAUUCACAACUUCAGAGUAGCGAACUCCUGCAAGUGGCCCACAAUAUCCUACAUGUGGAUUCUUGAUUGAGAUGGUGAAUAACUGAUGACGUGCCUCAUCAGAACAGUGUUAUUUGUGAUGCAGAUGCAUCAAUUGCACGAAUGUUGUAUGUAUAUGUAAUCAAGACUGCAAGUUCCUUGCAGUGGACACGUGUGUUUGCUUCUUAUCGAAGUGUGAUUUGUAAA